AAGAAUAAUAAUAUUCGAGUUAUUAUAAUUAUAUUACGUUGUAGAUGGUGCUAUGUUAAACUAUGUAAUGUCUUUGCUGUUUAAAACUUCAAUCAAUUUAAAAUUAUGUCUGGAAGUAAGUGUCGGAAUUGUGGAUCUACGGAUAUUGAGACAGAUCCAGCUCGAGGAGAUGCUGUCUGUACAGAAUGUGGAUUUGUAUUAGAAGAUCAACUUAUUGUCAGUGAAACAGCUUUUAAAGAGACACCAUCUGGUAAUAUGAUGGUAUUGGGUCAAUUUGUUGCUAAUGACAGUACUGGAGGAGCUACAGGAUUUGGAGCAACAUAUCAUGUCAAUGGAAAGGAAUCAAGAAAAAUAACAUUGCAAAAUGCAAAAAAAGGAAUAACUCAUUUAUGUAUGCAAUUACAAUUAAACCAACAUUGUAUUGAUACAUCUAUGAAUUUUUAUAAAAUGGCAUUGAAUCGACAGUUAACUCGUGGAAGAAAACAAGCACAUAAUCAUGCAGCUUGUGUUUAUAUUACUUGUCGUACAGAAGGCACUGCACAUAUGCUUAUUGACAUCAGUGAUGUUCUUCAAAUUUGUGUUCAUGAAUUGGGACGCACUUAUCUGAAGUUUACACAAGCUCUUUGCAUCAAUAUACCUUCAGUAGAUCCAUGUUUAUAUAUUAUGAGAUUUGCAAACAAGUUGGAGUUUGGUGAAAAAACUCAUGAAGUAUCGAUGACAGCUCUACGAAUAGUUCAAAGAAUGAAAAGAGAUAGUAUUCAUAGUGGACGAAGACCAUCAGGUUUAUGUGGCGCUGCUUUACUAAUGGCUGCACGAUUGCACGAGUUCAAUAGAUCACCUGCGGAUAUUAUAAAAAUUGUAAAAGUCCAUGAAUCAACAUUACGUAAGAGACUUAUAGAAUUUGGUGAUACACCUUCGAGCGCAUUGACUCUUGAAGAAUUCAUGACGGUCGAUUUGGAAGAGGAACAAGAUCCUCCAGCUUUUAAAAUAGCACGGAAAAAAGAUAGAGAACGAUUACAAAGAUUAGAAAAUAUAGACACAGAGAUAAAUGAAUUGCAAGCUGAAAUUGAUAAACAGUUGGAAGACCAUAGAUUAGGAAAAACAAGAAAACGAAAAGAUGCUGCUAUUAUAGAAAAAGAAGAUACUGAUAGAUUUAUAAGAGAAAGUAAUUUAGAUGUAAUUAAAAAUUAUGUUGAGAAUGAUAUAGAUGACCCUGAUAAUGAAAUUCAAGAUUCUGAAUCAAAUAAUGCAAACAAUCGAUUAAUUAUUGGUCUCGGUCCAAACAUUGCUUCUAUGGGAUUAAUAUCAGCAAAUAAUCGAGAAAAUGAAACGAAAGAAUCAGUAAACAUAAAUUUUGAAAAUAAUUCUGGAGAAAUUGACGUCGCUGAUUUAGAUGAUGAAGAAUUAGAUAGUUAUAUUAUGUCGGAAAAAGAAGCACAAUUUAAACAUAACUUAUGGAAUAAAGUUAAUGCUGAAUAUUUAAUUCAGCAAAAAGAAAAAGAAGAAAAACGGCAAAAAGAAAAAGAAGAGGGUAAACCUGAAAAGAAACGACGGCGAACUACUAAACGUAAUAAGAGUCAAGCUCCUGCAAAUACUGCAGGAGAAGCAAUUGAAAAAAUGUUACAAGAAAAAAAAAUAUCAUCAAAAAUUAAUUAUGAAGUAUUAAAAAGUUUAAAUGUAAGUUUAAAUACUUCAAAAGAGCAACAAAAAAUUGAAGAACCAAUUCAACCAUCAAAAAUAGAAAUAAAUAAUAUAGCAAGUUCUAGUAAAAUAUCUAAUGUUUCUAUUUCAAUGAAAAUUCAAGAUAAACCAAUUACACCAAUAACAAAGAAAUCUCGUUUAGUUAAACCACAGAUUCAACAAACAAAAAAAGAAGAAAUACAAACAUCUAAUGAUAUAGAAUUUAGUGACAUAACAGAAUCUACCCUUUCAAGAAUGAAUGCUUGUGAUAUAGAUGAAACAGAUGAUUAUGUUGAUGAGGAUAUUGAAACUGAUCCUACAGAAAUGACUGUUGGAGAAAUGCUUGGACAUCAUGGAUCAGAAAAUGAAAAUGAUUUUGGAUAUGGAUAUGAUGAAGAAGAUUAUUGAUUAUUUAUAAUAUUUUACUUAUUUAUUUAAUUAUAAUACCAUUAGAACUCAGUAAAAAGACUGCUGUAAAAUUAUGUACAAAUAAAGCAUUUAUUAUUGUUU